AAGAAGAAUGCGAGGUAACGUCAUGUUUUACUUGUUGGCGGUCUUUUAGCUGUGGGGAGGUUUCUAUUUUACGAGCAGGAAGUUGCAAAGAUAUAUUAAAGUUCAGUUGUCUUAAAUUCACUUUGGUGAUGCGGAUAAAUAGCUUAACCUGUCUGCUUGAACGUGUCAUCUGAGCUCAUCUGCUGCAUGGCUUAUUCUGAAAAAAGUAUGUUCACUACCAAGGCACAAACAGGUGGAAUUUAACAUUUCCUCCCUAAGAUGAGCCGGGACGUUCCCAUCCACAGCUGGCCUGGCUCCUAUUACAUCAACAAUGAGAAGCGGUGGGAGAGUGGAACCCUGUCCCUCUCCAGAACCAUGGUGUGCUUUGUUUCAAGCCUCAGCAAGAACUGUCUCGUCAGUUUCCGUCUGUCAUGUAUCAUCGAGAUCAAGAUGGAGUCGUCUAGUUUCAUCUUCAGCACCCUGACGGUGCUUGAGGAAGGAAACGUGAAGCACUGGUUUGGUUCCCUUAAACCCAACCGAGUGGUUGUUUAUAAUGUGUUGGAACAUUUCUGGAGAGAGCGUCUUCUGUCUCCCACUUCAGAGGCUCAAGGGGCUGAGUGCCAGAUUUCUAAGGGGAGAGAACUGAUCAACCUAGUGACGGGGGCCCAGAGACGAUUGGAGGACACGGGCAGAGUCCUCAGCCAUCAGGGAGAGCAGUUUGACAACAUGAUGCAGGGACUGGAGAAGAUUGACUCCGAUCUGGGCGUUGCUGACAAACUUCUGUCAGAACUGGAGUCCCCACCCUGGUGGCCUUUUGGCAAAUUCCCAUGGAAGGCUCAGCAAGAGGCCAAGGCUGAAGACGCUGCCAGAGCUGCAGCUGUCCUCUCAGCAGGCAAGGGUUCCAGCAGGAAUAAGGUGAUCACAAGCAUCCCAGCGGUGGUGUCCAAAGGUGGAGACUCUGACUUGAAACCUGGAUGUUUGCUAGUGCUGGUGUCCUCACUGGAGGUGCGAGACACAAAUUGCCAACUCCUACACAAAUUCGAAAGGAACGAGAUUGAUGAAAUACGGGUGUGCAAUUCCUAUGAGAUCACAGUGAGACAGCGGUUCAUUGGGAAACCAGAUAUAUGUUACAGGUUUCUUUCUGCAAAGAUGCCAGAAGCCUUGUCUGUUUUGGAGAUGCAAUACAAGAAGAAGGUAGAGUUUACAAGUGAAUACACCACUUUCAAGGCAACUCCAUGUUCAUCUGUUUGUGGCAAAGAAGGGACACACUGGAGAGAAGGUUUACGGCAGACGAGCCGAGAGUCUGAGCUCCCACUGGAGGUCCCAGCAGGUGAGCUGUCCCAGUUGCAGGUGCAAGCUCUCCAGCCAUCUGUCAGUCAGGCUGAGGCGCAGGAACUCAAGCAGGUGAGAAACUUGGAUUUUCAUAGCCGGUUUAAAAACAAAGUAGCACUGCUGCUGCUUUUAAUUUGUGAAAGAAAUUUGUGUAAAGACUCCAGAUUCUGUUGCCGGAAGCUAUUUUCACCUCCUGCUGAAUUCUCUGUGUUGAAACAUGGUGCAGCUGAACCCCAACUGAUACUAAAACAAAUCAGAAAGUUAAAAGAUCAACACUGUUGGACGAAAAAUAAUCAUAUUUGUUGUUCAGUAACAACAAAGCCAGGUCACCAUCUUGUAAUUUCAUAGCACUCUUUAGCUUCAGUAACCCACACCAAUAAUCACUCUGGUUAUAGCUCUUUGCUUUGCAUCCAAAGACAUUAGCAUACUUCCAGGCUCCGCCAAGAAAACGCAAAAUUCUUCUUCUUCUUGUGUUUUUAUUAAACUGAAAAUGCUAACUGCUAGCCUUUAUAAUAGCUAUCCCCCUACUGCACCAACCCACACUAGUAUUUGAAAGCAAUGGCUUAAAUAGUUAAAAACUGUUUAGUGUUGCUAUUUCUGUUUGGUGUUUUAUUUUUAAUUUUUUUGCAAGCAGAUGCUGUUGCAGUUAAAGAACCUUGCGUUGGAGGCAGAGACGGAGCUGGAGCGGCAAGACGAAGUUCUGGACGUCCUGACAGAGUCAACGGACAGAAGCACCAUGCAGAUAGGGAAGCACUCAAGCCGUAUGAAAAGACUGCUAUAGUCCUGAUGCUAGAGGAUCACUGCGCGCUUCAUCAUGGUUCGUUUGUGCAGCAAAGACUGGUAUAUGAUCCUGGGUAUGGAUCAUGGAAAGGGUCUGGUUUAUAGGCAGCAAUUCACCAAAGUUUGUGAAAAGUUGCAGAGCAGUGAUGAACUGCCUGUUCAAAAACAAAAAGGGAAACAAGAACAUGCAUUAUUUUUUAACUGUAAAAAAUAAGGCAUCUCACAUUUCUUUCACACUUCGAAAGCAAAAGUGUAUUUUAUUUAUUUAUUACUGUUUUUUAUAUUUCUUUAGUAAAAAAAAGUCUGCUUGUCUUGAAAUGUGCUUUGAAAAUCACAUAUGGCUCAUUUGGCUCUGGGAAAAUAUUUCUGACUCAAACAUCUGAUAGUUUCAGAUUCUUAACAUGAUUCAGAAAGUUUCACUCAUCCAUACGACAAGAGGAGGUAAUUAGGUUUUCUAAUAAUUUUAAAGUAAUAAAUUGACAUAAUGUCAGCAUAUUGCAGUAAAUUAGUCUUAAAAUAACUUUGUGCUUAAUGUGUUUGAAUGUUUCUCAGGUGAAAAGUGUCUCUGAAUCUGUGGCUUAAUGUUGCAUGUCUCCAUUCACCUGUUAUUACACCAUAAACUGGGAGUUAAUUGUAAUAUGAUUGAUCUGAUCAUUUGCAAAAGAAGACUAAACAAGGAACUUUUUAGUAAAUCAGUGAAAGCUCCUUUAGUUUGAUUUUGAAUAUAUAAAAGAAAUCAGACUGUUGAUAAAAAAAUGAGCUAAUAAUCAAUUAUUAUUGUGAAUAUAUUACACUGAUAUAAUUUGUUAUUUGAUUAUUGUUUUCUUAUCACUGUUAAAAUGCUAAUAAGCAGUUAAGAAACUGGCUGUCAAAUUUUAAGUUUGGACCUCUAGUUCAUUGAGUGUUUGAUGUUUUUCUGCUUCCUCUUAUUACUGUAAAUUAUGCAAUAAAACGAG